AUGCACGCGACACCGUACUCGGAUGUUUCCAUCGAUUUGUCGCAGUUUCUAUUGAAACUCACGGGUGUAUGGAUGACGGUGAACGACGGUGAGAAACGUCGGAGGAGGAUCGCUAUGGCGUACACCUUCGUCAUCCAGGUUUACGGCUUGUAUCUGAAUAUCGGUGACAUUUAUCACAGUUGGGACGAUUUAAGCCAUUGUAUCUUCUUGACUUGUAAUACGUUGUGCAUCGUGCUGGCGAUGUUCAAGUGUUUGAUAUUGUUCAUCCGUAGAACGGAAUUCAAGAAUUUAAUUUUGUUCGCCCGGCAGAAUUUUUGGCACUUCAACUACCACGAUCAUAACGAGAGGAUACUUUUCACGAAGUGCCGGAAAUUUUGCACGUUGUGGACCUUAACCGCGUUCUCGUUCACUCAAGCCUCUUUGACUUUCUAUAUAAUCACGCCAAUAUGCGCGAAUAUCGGGAAAAACAAAUCAGACAGGAUACUUCCGUUCAAAAUGUGGAUCGAUUUCCCAUUAAGUGAGACGCCAUAUUACGAAAUAAUGUUCGUCAUCCAGUUACUUACAGUGCAACAAAUAGGUAUCGCUUACACGUGCAACGACAACUUCUUAUGCGUGUUGAACAUGCACGUGGUCUGCCAAUUUCGUAUACUGCAACACAGAUUAUCGAAACUGUGGUCGAUAAUUGACGAGCGAACGGAUAAAAUCAAUUACGCGAGCAAGUGUUACGAAGCGUUGAAAGAGUGCAUACGACAGCAUCAAUCGUUGAUCGAAUUCUGUGACAAGCUCGAAUACGUCUAUACAUUACCUAUCUUCGGCCAUGUUGUGGUGUUUAGUUUGCUAAUGUGCUUCGACACGUACGAGAUAUUUCUGGCAAACGUACCUAUUUCGAUGCGUCUCAUUUUCUUUUUCCACAUGGUCGGUAGUUUCAUCCAUAUAAUUUUCUUCACGUAUAUUUGCGGCGGAUUGAUAGAGGAGAGUUCGAAUAUCGGGUUGGCAACGUAUUCGGGAUGGUGGACAGUGCUGCCAAUGGACGAAACCGGAAGAAUGCUGCGGGAGGAUGUGAAGGUGAUGAUAAUGAAGUCCAUACGACCGUGCUAUCUGUCCGCUGGUGGUUUCUUUCCUGUAUCCUUGGAGACAUCCACCGCGCUUAUGAGCUCUACAUUGUCGUAUUUCACCCUCAUGAGGGAAUCAUCCAAGGAUAAAUAACUCACCAUACACGUAAUACGUACAUUGAUUUAUUGAAUAAUAAUAUAUAUAUUUUAAUCUUUAUAAAUAAA